CCAGCAGGCAUCGCGAGGGGCAGUUCCUUGCACAUGAUUUCCUGCCUCUCUGAAGCUGCAGGAGGAGAAAAGUGUCCAAAUGUGUCAGUUGUUGGUUGCGUUCUGGUUUUCUUCUUGUUGAUUAAACGGGAACAGAAGUUAGAGGAACACGAUGCGUGACACUCUGUAACAGUGGCGGGGAUAGAAAGUCAUCGACCGGACAAUAAACUCGAGAGAGGACGCCGCGGGUCCUGGAUGUAAAAUUCGCGUAUUGCAGUCUUCUGUAGCGAAAGACACUCGGUCUCCAGGCGAGGAAAGACACGCCGCACACACAAGGGUACAAUGGAGGAAGUUGAUAAAAUUUUAAUUCAUUCCCUGAGACAAGUGGGAACGGAGGUCGGCGAGGAUGUGCUGAGCGUGAAGCAGUUCUCCAGCGAGCUGAUCGUGGAGGCGGUGGUGCGCUGUCUGCGGGUCAUCGAGCCCUCCCUGGGCAGCGGGCUCAGCCACGUCCUGCCCCCUGGGAUGUCCGCCCGCUUCCGGCUGGGCAUGAGCCUGGCCCAGGCCUGCCAGGACCUGGGCUACAAGGGAGAGAUCGGCUACCAGACCUUCCUGUACAGCAACGAGCCCGAGAUCCGCUCCCUGCUCAUGUUCCUGGUGGAGAGGCUGCGGCGGGAGAGUGCCGAGUCAUCGGACCAGCCCGCAGGCAAGUCCGCCCUCCUGCAGAGAGCGAUCGGCGCCAAGAUCAAAGCCCAGCUGUCUGUGCCCUGGGUGCCGCCUUCCUGCCGGGUGCCCUUCCUGUGCCAGAGCCAGACUCCCGGCUCCUUGCACGGUUUCCACGCGCGGCCGUUAAGUUUACCUCAGAGCUCAAAAGUCAGCAGGACAACAACGAAAGAGCUGAAGGAGUACUGCCAGGAGCACCUGCCUCCCGUGACUGCCCAGAUGUCCCAGCAGCCAUCCGUCCCCGCCUCCCUGCUGGAGUGGCACGCAGCCGAGCUCAGCGCCGCGCUGGAGUGGGAGGGCGAGUGGAACAGCCAGGGCCUGGUGUCCCGGCUCACCCCCGAGGAGUACAAGGCUCGGAAACGACAGCGCUUUCGGAAGAGGAUCCAGGACCAGCUAAGGCACGCCGCCCAGUCUCGCUCGGACUCCCAGCAUGCCUCGCGCUCCAGCUCGGACCUGGCCGACCUGCUGCGCUCCUUCACGGGGGGCGCCGGGGGACGGGACGUCCUGGCCAAGGGCACCCGCUUCACCCACACGGAGAAAUUCGCCUUCACGCAGGAGCCGGAGAAGGCCGCCCAGCAGAUGACGACGGCGGCCGAGUCCCUGCCCAGCUCCAGGAGGACCGAGCAGGACCUGCAGGCGCAGCAGGAAGAGGAAGUGACGUCGCUGCAGGGGCAGCUGGAGCAGCUGUCGUUGCGGAUCGAGGAAGUGGGCGCUGACGUGAAGAAGAUCACCGUCGCCAUCAGUCAGGUGUCGGACGAGCUGAAGCAGAAGGAGCUGGGCAACGCGGAGAAGGAGCAGUCCCUGAGGGUGAAGAAGCAGACCAUGGACCUGCUUCCAGACGCAGAGAACAACCUGGACAAGCUGCAGGUGCUGGUGGAGGGCAGUGCCAAGAGGGUGGUGAGCCUGGCGUCGCAGUGGGAGAAGCACCGCGCCCCGCUGAUCGAGGAGCACCGCCGGCUCAAGGAGCUGUGCAGCAGCCGAGAGCUGGAAUCGACCCGGAGACUGUCCGAGAUCAAGGGGCUCCACGAGAAGAUCCGGCAGGCGGCCGAGGAGGCCAAGAAGAAGGAGGGGCUGUACAGGCAGCUGAUGACGGAGUUCGAGACCCUGCCGAAAGACGUGUCCCGCUCGGCCUACACCCAGCGCAUCCUGGAGAUCGUGGGCAACAUCAAGAAACAGAAGGAGGAGAUCACCAAGAUCUUGUCAGACACCAAGGAUCUACAGAAGGAGAUCAACAGUCUGACCGGGAAGCUGGAUCGCACUUUCGCAGUGACCGACGAGCUGGUCUUCAAGGAUGCCAAGAAAGACGAGUCUGUUCGCAAAGCCUAUAAGUACCUGGCAGCCUUGCAUGAGAACUGCACCCAGCUCAUCCAGACCAUUGAAGACACAGGGACCAUCAUGCGAGAGAUCAGAGACCUGGAGGAGCAGAUCGAGACGGAGAACGGGAAGAAGACCGUGAGCAACCUGGAGAAGAUCCUGGAGGACUACAAGGCCAUCCGGCAGGAGAACUCGGCCCUGGCCGCCAAGAUCCGCGAAGCCUGACGGCCUGCCUGCCUCCCCUCCCCCCCCCCAGCCUCCUCCCACCAGGGUGCCAGCCUGAGCUGCAGAACAAAGGGAACUGCCCAGCCUUGGGCACCUGCCUUCCCAGCCCCCUCCCCUCCCUCUCCUCGGCACCAAUGAGGGAGGGGGGCGAGGCAGAACGCCAUCUUCUGAUUGGCUCACCUCCCUGCCACUCCUCUGUGGAGUCUUGGUGUCAAGUCACGGCUUGGCCCAUCUGAGCACCUAGGUUGGGUCUGUUCUGGAUAGCAAACUUUUUUUUAUUUUUUAAUAAAAAGCAAAAAAAUGAACAAUUGGGGAAAAAAACCCAGGUCUAAUGAAAAUAAGAAACCUUGAUAUCAGCUUUUGAAGCACUGAAAACCUGCUGGUGAGCAAAUGCAUGUUUUGUUGAGAAAGACAAGUAAUCGUCAAGGAACACAGCGAUGAAGGACUCUCACAGUCUGCCUCUGUAGGGAUGCUAAGCCGCAGUGUAUUAGAGCAGACUGAGGACAGGUCCUGUAUGAUGUGCUUACAACUGAGAGGAGACUCCUUCUAUCUUGGCUGCUUUUCAGGGUCUCUCUGGGGCUCUAGUGAGCUCUAGGAUCUGUCUUCGUUAUGUCUUUCAAAUCUUCCAGACUAAAUAACCUGAUGUGUAGAACAGGGAUUUGGGGCAUUUUACUAAUCAAGCCCUUCACAAGUACAAUUUGCAAACGUCAGAUCAUUUUAAAAGCCUUUUAUCUCGCCAGAAUAAGUUUUGCGGUUUUGAAUGUAAAACUUGAAAGUGUUGGAUUUAUUACUGUUUGUAUGUUUAAAUUCUUGUGGGUUAGCCUCAAUUUCAAAAUCUUGGAAUGUGAACCAUAAUUUUGGAAGUCUGUACGUAUAGUUGACCAUACCGAUCAUUCUGUCAGAAUCCAGAUGCUGGUGUAGAAUUAUGAAUUUAAAGACGACGUCCGAGAGUUUCUGCCAGCUGUAACCGAUACAUGCACUACAAAAAUAAUUCUCGUUAAAGCCCCUUGAUCUGAA